UAUCGUUUGCUGUUGAGGUUGUGCGGUGCAGGCGCAGGAAAAAGAAUCCUGUAUGAAUUUGGAUACGUAUUAGGUUUCGUCCUUCACAAAUUAAUUAAAGAGUAUGAAACCGCACCCAUUGGGUCACGUUUCCACGGCUGCGAUCGCUCUCCAAGCAGCUGUGUUGGCGGCGUAAUCGAUCAAUCGGUGCCUAACAAGGCCCUGAAGGACGACGCCAAUUCGUUCGCCUAUCUCGCCGUAUUCCGCCGCCUUCCCUCGCUCCCAAACCCUUUCUUCCAUGGAGAGUUUCCGACACCACCGAUCUCCCAGCUCCGAACGAUUCCUCGCCCUCUUCUCCCCGCCGCCUCCCGACGAAUCCAAUCCCACCACUGGCGUCGAGCUCCACGAGGCCGAAGUCCUCUGGACCUUCGCCCCCGACGACGCGGCUCCCCGGCCCGCCGCGACCGCGAACCCUAGCCGCACCCAUUUCCUCCCGCCCUCGGACCGCGCCGCUCUCCGCCGCCCUCUCGACCGGAGCUUCGGGAUCCUUGCGGCCCUGCCGGAGGACGGCUCCCCUGCCCCCGCCGCUGCCUCCCCCGCCCCUCUCCUCCAGCGGAAGCCCUCAAUCUCCUCCGCGUCCUCCUCCGCUUCCAGCACCCCGUCCUCUUCCUCCUCCUCCACCACCGCUGCGCGGAUGAUCUCGGCGAUCCCGAAGCCGAAGCCGGAGUGCUCGCUCUCUGUGCCGGCCGGGAGGACGCACCACCUGGCGCAGUCGCUUCCGGUCAACGUCCCGGUGGUCCCACGAAGGGCAAGGAGGUUCGAGAUGGAGGCCACAGAUGGUGCCGACGAUGCGGAUGGGCACGAGAUCAUGCCGCCUCACGAGAUCGUGGCGCGGACUUUUGGCAGGGAGUCGCCUAUGACGACCUUCUCUGUGCUCGAAGGGGCCGGUAGGACGCUCAAAGGAAGGGAUCUGCGGCGCGUACGUGAUGCUGUCUUUAGGCAGACAGGGUUUCUUGAUUGAUGCAGUUCAUGGGACGAGUUCGGACUCGAGUUUGUAGAGAGCAAUCAGCAACUAUUUUGCUAUCAACUUUCAGAUGACUGAUUUCAUUGACAUGAUGUAUGGGGAGAUGCUGAAUGCUUAUCAUCAACGCUCUUGUAAAUACUCCAAGCCAUAGGUUGGCGCCGCUCACGUACCUCGACUCGUCGCCUCCCAAGUACGCCACCGCCUGCGCCACAUCCUCCGCCGUCGGCUUCACCCCCUUGAGGUUGGCCGACCUCUCCACAAACGCCUCCGUCGCCGCCUCAUCCAUCCCCACCACGCCCAUCAUCAGCGGAGUCAUCACCCCGUGCGGUGACACGCAGUUCACCCGCACCCCGUGCCCCCCCAGCUCCGCCGCCGCGCUUUUCAUCAGCCCCACCACCGCGUGCUUCGAGCAGACGUACGAGAGCGGCACCACCCCGCCCAGCACCGACGCUGUGCUCCCCGUGAUCACGAUGCUCCCCCGGCGAGCCGGCGCCAUCACCCGCGCCGCGUGCUUCGUCGCCAGGAACGCCCCCACCACGUUGACCGCCAUCACCCGCUCGAACUCCGCCUUGUCGCUGUCGGCGAGGCCCUUCCCGAACUCCCGCAAGGUGCCUGCGUUACUGAACAUGAUGUCGAGCUUCCCGUAACGGGCGACGGCGGUGUCGACGGCGUUCCUCAUGUCGGACUCGUCGGUGACGUCGCAGUGCACGUAGCAGGCAUCAGCGGUGCCGAGAAGGUCGCAGAGGGCGCGGCCUUUGUCGUCUUGGAUGUCCGCGAUGACGACUCGGGCGCCGUAGCGGACGAACAGUUUGGCGGUGGACUCUCCGAUGCCGCUCGCCCCGCCGGUGAUCACCGCAACCUUCCCUUCAAGUCUGACCCCAUAACAGAAGCACUGGUUUGUCACUUUCCGCUCGAUCUAUAAAUCUUUACAGUUUUAUUA